AUAAUGACAACUCCCAUCUUCCUUGUUACCUCCAUGAAUCCACGCUGCUUGCGGAGUUGCACAGUGACUGAGGCCGUUACAGCCUAAUGCAGAAAAUUAAGAAAUUACAUUCAUUUAAGACAGACUUGUUUGCUCAAUAGGAGUUGCGAAAGAAACUUUUUUGUUGUUCUUCGGUUUCCUUUUGUUGUCUCUAAUGCCGUUCAAAUCACUAGGCCAGUAUUCAUAUUCGUCUCUGCAAAUCGGGGAACAGUUGCCUAACUUCGCCACUACUGCGUGGUAGAGACUUGGUGAUUAUUAGCCAAGGAGGUUGUAACUUCUUUCUUCCGGCUAAGUUUGACGUUUUGUAUGACGGUUAUCUCUGAGUUACAGAGUUUUCGAUACAGAAAACAGCUGAAAAUGGCAGAUCCAAAGUAUGCUGACUUGCCCGGCAUAGCAUAUGAUCAGCCGGACGUUUACGAAACAAGCGAUCUACCAGAAUCUGAUCAGAAUGCUGCGUAUUACGAGGAAGAGAGUGAUUCAAUCGAACGCCUCCACAUCAGUGCGAAUGAAGCUUUCACGAAAUUUAAUAGGAGCGUGUUGGAUACCAAUAAUGUUGAUUUCUCAGAUACAGUACGGAAAACUUUGAGAACUGGAUAUAAUUCAAGAUUGAAUGAGUUGGAGCUAGCUGGCAUGGGUGAGAAGGAAACUCCAUUCCAAAAAUAUGAACGUCUUCAGUGUGAAAUGAAAGAACUGCUGGAAGAAAUAUCACAAAUUCAGGAAUCACUGAAGGAUGCCCCAGAGCAGCAGCAGCCAUAUUCCCAGUUAGCAGGUCGUAUGGAGCAUGUCUGCUCUCAAAUGGCUGAAGUUCAUUUGGAGGAGGCUCUUGGAUCUCAGCUUGUAUCAAAUCUUUCUGACCCACAUAAUAUGCAACAUAAAAAGCUGCUUGCAAAACUAGAAGGCUUGUGUCAGACAAAUGCAGAUGCCACAAAAGUUAAAACAAACAAGGAAGAUCAAAGUAUUUCUGAAAACGACAGCAAUGGGUUGUUGUAUCAACUUACCUACCAGCCUGAGCAGGCCCGCCUAGCCCACACUUCUCGUAUUGCUGAUCUGGAUCAGCGGUUGCAUCGUUUGGAAACAGUACUUGGCCCAGAACCAGUAAAAGCGGUGGGUCUUACAACACAAGACAUCGGUGGACAGAGAGAUGCUCCUAAUGGUCUGUUGGAAAUAACUCAGCAGUUGAGUGCUCGUGUUGCACUUCUGGAUAAUUCUCGUCUUGAUCUGGCUGAAUCCCGGCUUGCAGCUCUCUCUGCCAAAAUGGAUGCACUAGCUGAAAAGGGGCAGACUGCAACUCAAUCUGCUGACAGGGAUGCUAAGAUUAUGGAAUUGUAUGAUUUGGUUAAGAAAAGUGGUGACAUGUCUCAAAUGCUACCACAAAUUGUUGACCGCAUGUUAGCUCUGGAAACGCUUCAUCAUCAAGCUGUUGAUUUCAGCAAGUCAUUAGGUCAGUUAGAACUAAUACAGCAGCAGAUAACAACAACACUGCAAAAUAAUGAAGACCUAAUAAAGCAAGUUCAGCAGACCUGUAGCCAGAAUUUGGAAUCUAUCAAGAAGAAUCUAGGUAACUUAGAUGCGAGAGUGGAUGCUUUAAAAAAGAAAUGAAAUUUAAUUCUGUAAGAUGGAUGUACUUUUCUUUACUGUUGUAAAGAUGCACCAUAAGUUUCCAGUCUAUUUAUUACAUUAAAAAGUACUUAUGCAAGAAAUGAAAUAAUUUUGUGAAAAGCUUCAGCCACAUUUAAUUUUUCCAGGCGGCAAUUACUGUCAAUAAUGUAACAGUAUUGUGAAAAAUAAUAUUUUUCUUGCUUGUAAAUGCAAAACAAGAUAAAAAGCUUAGCUUUCAUGUUUGUAAUAUUUCCACUAAUA